AUGGUGCAAUCUUCAGAAACAAGAGAAGGGUUCAAUCUCAUUCCUGAUGUAAAAUGGGAAGACGUUGGUGGCCUUGAUCUCUUAAGAAAUGAGUUUGAUGACUAUAUCAUAGGGCCUAUAAAAUGUCCUGGGGAUUAUGAGGGAUUUGGGCUGGAUCUUUCGACAGGAUUUUUGCUUUAUGGACCUCCAGGUUGUGAUAAACCACUGGUUGCCAAAGCUGUUGCCAAUGCUGCAGGAGUUAGUUUCCGUCAUAUUAAGUUGGAUGCAAACUUCUUUGUAGAGAGUUUCAAACACAUGAGCUUCUUUUUUACAAAGAGAGGGGGUAAUAGAGUGGCACAUGAGUAGAACAUUUGUUACCAAAAAUGAAAUAAUAUUAUUAAUCAUUCUGUAAAGAGAAUUUUUAAAUAAUAUCUCUUGCUUGUCUCUUCGGAAGAAAACGAAUCUGAAUGAUUUUGUUUCUGUGGAUUGA